UUUUCCCAAGUUGUCUGUGUGCGUGUAUAUACAAAUUUUUAAAGUGGGUUUCAUCUCUUUCGUUCGUAAGGUUCUUGAGUAAUCUUUAAUAUUUUGCAGGUUUUAUCACCCAUUCGAUUACCAAGAAUCUUCCUUUUUGAUUCUUUAAACAUUCUGUUUCUGUAUUUCCUCUGUUUUACUUCACCUGAAUGGGGUUUCUUGGCAUUUUUCUUGGAUUCAUUGGUCUUGGAAUUGGGUUAUUUCUUGGUGUUUGUCUUGGGUUUUACUUCUUCAUCUAUUCUGACCCCAAUUUUGAAGACUUUAAGGAGCCAGUUGUAAGGCCGAUUUCUGAGCUUGAAAAAGCGAGUCUACACGAUCUAAUACCCGAGAUUCCACUUUGGUUAAAGAAUCCUGAUCAUGAUCGUCUUGACUGGCUAAACACAUUUGUUUUAAACAUGUGGCCUUAUCUCGACAAGGCAAUUUGUGCUGCAAUAAAGCAGACAACCGAACCGAUGUUUGCUGAUUAUAUCGGAGUUGGGCACCGGCCUAUAGAAGCCAUCACUUUUGAGACAUUGAGCCUUGGGACCCUUCCACCUACAUUUCAAGGCGUAAAAGUCUACGAGACCAAUGAGAACGAGCUAGUGAUGGAAUCGCCAGUUAAAUGGGCCGGAAAUCCAAAUAUAGUCAUAGCUGUGAAAAUAUGGUCUUUGCGUAUCAAGAUUCAGUUGGUGGAUUUACAAGUGUUUGCUGUUCCAAGGAUAACACUAAAGCCUCUUGUACCGGCUUUUCCAUGUUUUUCGAAUGUCGUUGUAUCUUUGAUGGAGAAGCCUUAUGUGGACUUUGGGCUAAAAAUACUUGGUGGUGAUGUUAUGUCCAUUCCUGGACUUUAUCGACUAGUGCAGGAUAUCAUUAUAAAAGAAGUUUCGAAACUUUACCUUUGGCCACAAACUCUUGAAAUACCCAUUCUUGAUUCUUCCCUUUGUGUUGUGAAGAAGCCCGUUGGAGUACUACACGUGAAGGUUGUACAAGCAACAAAGCUCAUGAAAAUGGACCUUUUGGGAUUAUCCGACCCGUAUGUUAAACUUAAACUAAGUGGAGAGAUGUUGCCUUCAAAGAAAACAACAAUCAAGAAAAAGACUUUAAAUCCCGUGUGGAAUGAAACCUUCAAGCUUGUCGUUAAGGACCCUCAAGCUCAAACUCUUCUAGUUAAUGUCUACGAUUGGGACAAGGUAGGGAGCCAUGACCGGCUCGGGAUGCAAAUGGUGCCGUUGAAACUGUUACAACCAAAUGAGACUAAAGAACUAAGGCUUGAUUUGCUAAAGAACACCAACAUAGCCGACCCUCAUAAGAAGCAGCAAAGAGGGCAGAUUAUGUUGGAGAUGACUUACGCACCAUUCAAGGAGGAUAAUGAUGUUUUAAGCGGGCCCCUUUCGUCUGUUGUUAACGGAGAACAUGACGUGGGGCCCGGAGGCGGAACCCCAAGUGGGGCCGGUGUGCUUUUGGUGACUGUUCAAGGGGCUGAGGAUGUAGAGGGGGAUCAUCACAAUAAUCCAUAUGCCAUGGUAAUAUUUAGAGGAGAAACAAAGAGAACAAAGGUUAUUAAACGAACUCGAGAUCCCAAGUGGAAUGAAGAAUUCCAGUUCAUGCUUGAGGAACCACCGAUACAAGAUAAGAUACACAUCCAGAUUAUGAGCAGGAGAAUGCACAUGAGCUUCUACUCAAAGGAAUCACUAGGUCAUGUGGACAUUAACCUUGGUGAUGUAGUGCACAAUGGGCGGAUUAAUAAUAAGUAUCAUCUCAUAGAUUCUAGGAACGGUUUGGUCCAUGUUGAACUUCGAUGGAGAGAGACAUGACUUGAUGUUUGUUUUUCUAUGAUGUCGGAGUCAAAGGGGGGUGGUAUAGUCAACAUGAUGUAUUUUUGUAUUCUUUUGUAGUGUUUUUGGGCGACCAAUUAUUUGAUUUUACCAAAUAUAAGCUUGUUAAAGAUGAAUCAGUGUAGUUGCCUCUCCAAAUGA